UUUUUUUUCUCUUUUUUAUUAUUUUAUUCUCUGAAAAAAAAAUGUCUCCUUCUAAUAUAAACCAAACUUUGAAGACUACUUUAUGUUUUGCUAUCCAAGAUAAGGUGGGUGCGCUCGAAGACUGUUUGUCUGCUAUUAAGGCUAUGGACAUUUCAUUGACUCGAAUUGAAUCUCGUCCUAGUAAAACAAAGGAUUGGGAUUAUGAUUUCUUUGUUGAUUUUGAUGCUGUAGACGCUAAACAAGUAAGUAAUGUAGUUGAGGGACUUCGUAAGCAUACUAAGGAUGUUCGUGUUAUCGGUUCGGAUAAUUCAAUUGGAGAUAGCGUUCCUUGGUUCCCACGUAAACUGACAGAUUUGGACACAUUCGCUGAAAAGGUUUUAGAGAUGGGAGAAGAGCUUAGUUCUGAUCAUCCUGGUGCAAAUGAUUCAGCUUAUCGGGCUAGAAGAGCAGAGAUUACUCGUAUUGCAAAAACAUAUCGUACUGGCCAACCUGUACCUGAAAUUAAAUACACCAAGGAAGAGAAUGAAACUUGGGGUAAAAUCUUUCGUCGAUUAACUUCAAUGUAUUCUACUCAUGCCUGUCGUGAACAUCAAUAUGUCUUGCCUCUUUUAAUUCAAAAUUGUGGUUAUAGUGAUAAAGAAAUCCCUCAAAUUGAAAAUGUUUCUCGUUUCUUGAAGGAUUGUACAGGAUUCACGAUUCGUCCUGUCAUGGGUUUAUUAACGAGUCGUGAUUUCUUGAAUGCAUUUGCUUUUAGAGUCUUUUAUUCUACACAAUAUAUUCGUCACUCAUCUAAACCAUUCUAUACUCCUGAACCUGAUGUUUGCCAUGAAUUAAUGGGUCAUGCUCCACUGUUUGCUGACCCUGAUUUUGCAGAUUUUUGUCAAGAAAUUGGUUUAGCCUCUCUGGGUGCUUCUGAUGAAGAUAUUUCGAAAUUAGCUACCAUUUUCUGGUUCACAGUAGAAUUUGGUUUAUGUAGACAAGAUGGUGAAAUUAAAGCAUUUGGUGCAGGUCUAUUAAGUUCAUUUGGUGAACUUGAAUACGCAUUAUCUGAUAAACCAGAGCUUAAACCUUUCGACCCUUCCAUAACAGCCAUCCAAAAAUAUCCUAUUACAGAAUUCCAGCCUGUUUAUUUUGUAGCAGAAUCAUUUAAAGAUGCUCAAGAAAAAGUUCGAGACUUUGCUACUAGUAUGAAUCGACCUUUUUCUGUACGAUAUAAUGCAUUAACACAAACAAUUGAAGUGUUAGACAAUAAGGAAAAGGUGGUUCGCUUUGCAAAGAGUAUUCGAGAUGAUAUGAAGACAUUAACUAAUGUGCUUGAAACUCUUGCAUAAAUCAUUUAUAAUAGUAAUAAUAAUAAAAAAA